GGGCGGGGACGGAGCCGGGGGUGCGCCGGGACGGACCGCGGAGCGGUAAGCAGCGCGGCGGUCUGUGUUUUUCUUGCUGCCGCUUUUGAAACCGGCUGCGGGCUGCUCGCUGGUGGCUCAAGCCCGGAGGGUUUAAGCAAGGAAAAAAAAGAAGGAAGAAAAGGAGGAAGCUGCGGGUUUGAGGGAGCGGCUGUUGCUCCCGCUUUGCGCUGGGGCAGGUGGCAGCGGGGCCGGGUCCCGCCGAGGGCGAAGCGGCGGCGGCUGUCGGGCGGGAGGGCGGCGCUGCGCAUCGCGCGGGGGUCCGACGGGUGACGGAUCGCCGCGGCGCUGCUCCGGGCGGGAAGUUCGGCGCUUCGCUCCGCUCCCCUCAUCUGAGCGGAGAGCCGCAGGGCCCUUGGCCACAGCGGCCCCCAGAGAUGAGCUGCUCCGGCAAAAGUGCGUGUGAUCCCUUACAUGUUGCACUGCCGAAUUGAAAAUGUCUGAAGACUUAUGUGAUGGCAUCCCACCUGAAGAAAAACCUGAGGUAAUGGAAAUGCCCUGCAGUGAUGUAUUGCCUCAGGAGUCACUACUGCACCCUGUGGAAGCCGAGAUCGUGCCCGCGUCCUCACCACAUGAGCAGGGACGGGCCACUCAGGGUGCCAGUAAUGGACAGAAGGGAGAUGUAUUUAUUAAUGAGAAUCCUUUGCCUGAAGAAAUAGCUGAAAGUCUGCCUUCCAAUGGUGAUGUGACUGAAGACGUGCCCACUGAGUGCAUUGAGACUGUAAGCCUUGAUACAGAACCUGAGCCUGAAGAAACGCCACCUGAAGAAAGUAGUUCAGCUGCAGACUCAUCUAAAGCAAGUAGAUGGGGAGCUUGGGGCUCCUGGGGCAAGUCUCUCCUGUCAUCAGCUUCAGCCACAGUGGGUCAUGGGAUAACAGCAGUAAGAGAAAAAGCAGAAACUACUCUAGGAAUUCAUCAUGCAAGUUCAGCACCUUCAGAAGCAGCAGAGCAUCCUGCAGCUGAAACAUCAGUUACACAAGCAGAAGAUUAUCCUGACCAAAGCUCUUCAGAGAAUAUUCCUCCUUCUCCUUCUUCUGGAUCUCGUGGGAUGUUGUCAGCUAUCACUAAUGCUGUACAGAACACAGGGAAGAGUGUAUUAUCUGGAGGCUUAGAUGCUUUGGAAUUUAUUGGGAAGACAACCAUGAAUGUCCUUGCAGAAAACGAUCCUGGAUUUAAGAGAACAAAAACACUGAUGGCAAGAACAGUUUCUCUGUCUCAGCUGCUGCGAGAAGCUAAAGAAAAAGAGAGACAGAGACGGGCCCAGCAAGUCACAGUUGAAAGGACAGCACACUAUGGACUACUUUUUGAUGAGUUCCAGGGUUUGUCUCAUCUUGAAGCUCUAGAAAUCUUGUCAAAUGAAAGUGAAAACCAGAUUCAGUCAUAUUUGGAAACACUUGAUGGAGAGCAGUUGGAGGCUGUGAAAAGUGAUUUAAUUGCUAUAAAGGAGAUUUUUGUUCCAGCGGAAUCGGACGAUGAGGUGGUACAGGCACAGAAAGCAGAUAUGGGAGAAGAGUUUGUCAGCAUGCUCACCGAGCUGCUAUUUGAAUUGCAUGUGGCUGCAACUCCUGACAAACUGAACAAGGCUAGGAAGAAAGCUCAUAAGUGGUUGGAAGAAGCCAGUUUAUCCACCUCAGCAGACAUAGAAGAGAAGCUAGAAGAAAAACCUGGAGAGCCUGAUGAAGAAAAGACUGAAGAAGGAAAAGACAAAAUUGACAAUGAUAAAUCAGAAGUAAAUAAAAGCAAAACUGUGGAGGAGAUCUACAUGCUGUCUAUUGAAAGUCUGGCUGAGGUAACUGCUCGUUGUAUAGAACAGCUUCAUAAAGUAGCAGAAUUAAUUCUACAUGGGCAGGAAGUAGAAAAGACAGCUCAAGAUCAAGCAAAAGUACUGACAAAUUUAACAAGUGCUAUGUGCAAUGAAGUUUCAUCUUUAUCGAAGAAGUUUUCUGAUUCUUUAACAGCAGCUGGGAGCAGCAUGAAGGCAGAGGUUCUUAACCCCAUCAUUGACAGCGUAUUAUUAGAGGGCUGCAACAGUACUACUUAUGUUCAGGAUGCUUUCCAGCUAUUGCUUCCAGUGCUGCAAAUUUCACAUAUCCAGACCAGUUGUUUGAAAACACAAAAGUGACAGUCUCCCAGCAGUUGUCACCUCUGGGUUUAACGAAGACCACAGACCUAAUCCCUUUAAUGUGUAUGGAUGGAAGAGGUGGUAUGGAAGACGUCUGGCGUCCAAGAGUCCUCUGAAGACACUCAAUGUGGUUUUGCGCAUUACAAUAUCGAGCAACAUCUUAAAACUCUUUCAGACUUUUAGACUUCAGAAACAGUUAGAAAAGGGAGUCAUUUCUUUUCCAUCAUAGUGUAGCCUUUGCAUUAAUUUAAAUCGGGUUAAUGAUUUAUUGGUAUUGACCUAAAAACAGAUUGAGUGUUGACCGUUGCGGUUGUACACAACAUAUGAAGCAAGUUAGAAUGCAAAGUUCUUUGAAACAUUUCAGCCCAAAUAAUAAUUUCCUUUGCUUGCUUCCUGUCAGUUAAAAACGUGUAUUUCAAAAGGUGCUUUUGGUAUUUAAGUUUAGUCAACAUGAACAAAUUACCAUAGUGUUGCGCUUGUUCAUUAUUAUUUUCUGUAGUAAAUGAUAACCUUGUAAUAAUCUCACCACUUAUUAACACUUUGUGUUCAAGGGAUUGCACAGUAAUAGGCACCAACUCUGCUGAGGUAAAAUUCUGGAGGAUACACAUACAGAAUUAUACUAAAAAGAAAGAUAUUGUUUUCGGGCACAGCAGUGAAGUUGUGAGGAGAGGUGGUGAGACAACUGCUGUGGGUAUGUUGGAACAGUCACCCUUUCUUUGAGGCAGUGGCUUUACAGUGCAGCUGAGCAGCAGGAAUGCUGCAGAAUAACACUAACAGCCGUGAUAACUUCACGUACUCUUAGCUUAAAAUCCUGAGCACUGAAACUCAGUAUCUCUUUAGCCCAGUUUACCUCCAAAGACAGGAAGAGCCUUCCAAUAUUUUACGCAGCCUGUUCUCCUGGAUUUUUGUUAUUACAUUUUUCACAGCUGUUUUGUAUUUUUUUCCUCCCAAUACACUCAUUAAUUGUUAGCUACAAUUAAAAAAUAUUUAAAUACAUCUGAAUAUGUUUUAUCAUAGGUGCAUAGUUCAUACGUUGUAAAAAUAAUGGAACAGAGGAAGUAAUUUCCUGUUUGUUAGAAACCGUGUAUCUGCUUUGCAUGUGGUGAGUCCACAGAAGUGAUGACAGGAAGAUUUGUCUCUGUCUUACACUGUUGUCCUUGAUCUGUGGUUACAGGCAUUGCAACUUUUCCAUCUCUUGAUAUUUAAGGAUGAAGUUUUCACUACCCCUGCAAUCAGUUUGUUACGCAAAAUGUAGUUUUUGGCACUCUAACUUUAAAGCUUUGAGAUAUCUUUCUGGGAAAGUAGGAGGAGUACAGCCUUCAAAUGCACUUGUACAGAAUGUGCUUUAAAAAGUACCGGGAGCAAAAGUAAGCAAACCUCUUGGCAGCUGGAAAGGGAAGGAAAGUUUGACAUUCGUUGGUAUUUAUGCCAUACUGAACAGCUGACUUCACUAAAAAAAAAAAAGGGACACUGGAAAAUGUAACUGGUGAGCAGACUCAGCAGCCCGACGAGGUAGGAUACAGCUCCCCCCAACCAUGGUAUCUGUGCCGCUUCCAUCUCACAUUGCUUUAUUUCUGGAAGCAUGUUUUCAAAUGACUUUUUUUUUUUUUUUUAACUUGGUGUUUCUCUGGCCUCUGCACUUUGAGAGGAAUAAACAGAAUCCUCUGUGGUAGUCCUGUCUGGUUGCUAGAAGAAACACAUGCACGUUCGUGACCAGGAGUGACUCCUAUAGACACGCGGGCCCAGAACAACAACUCUGUGUGGAUUACUGAAGACCCUAUGCUUGACCACAAGCAGUUUUCAGUUCUAUAUAUCUGGACACCAAUUAAAACAGUCAAACUUAUAAAAA